AUGUCAUGUCCGAACAACGUGGCAGCCAACACAUUCCUGAUGGAUUCGCUGGUGGGAGGAACAUCUCCUUACAGAGGUGAGGGUUAUUCCGGAAUAUAUAUGCAACCUUCUGCAGAUUAUGGCUGUUCCAUGAUGGGUAGUUUUGGAAUAGUCGGCACCCCUCUAUCCAAACGGGAUGAGCUGCAGCCGAGCGGGAUGCAUCUCGGUAGUUAUCAGCAUUCGCAUUACCUGUCGCAGCGGGACGCAUGGACCGCAGGCUCUAAAACUUACAGGGGCUCGCAACCUGUUGCCCAGCCUUUGCACCCUUGUUCAUUUCCAGCCAGUAAUGUGAAAGAAGAAGCGAUUCCUUGUCUUUACCAGACUGAUAACGGCAGCGCCAAUGAGUCCGCUGAGAAAUCCACCUACAUCCGUUUAGGAGACAAUAACAGACACCCGAAUCAAGGCGCCGUCUCCACCCCCGAUUAUUUCCGACGGAGCCAGGUGUACACCAAUGAAAGGGGCCACCAUGGAGAUGAGUUCGGCUCGGACUUUAAUCCAGUACCUAGAAUAACGCCUGUAGAGACACAAGCAGCAGAUUCAUAUGUCAAAACCAACAAAGCAAAGCAGAAACCAGCAGACAUGGAAGAAAAUACGCAAGAGGACGAAAAGGAUCAGAAACACUCUAGGAAAGAGGACAAUGUCUCUAAAACAGACAGUUGUACCGAUGAAUCCGAGAGCGAAUUGAAAGAUGAGACUGCAUUGGAAAAAGCAACAGGAAACUGGCUAAAAGCAAAAAGUGGACGAAAGAAAAGGUGUCCAUACACAAAGCAUCAGACACUUGAGCUGGAAAAGGAGUUCUUGUUCAACAUGUACUUGACUCGAGAGCGCCGUCUGGAGAUCAGUAAGAGUAUCAACCUCACAGACAGACAGGUCAAGAUCUGGUUCCAAAACAGAAGGAUGAAGCUAAAGAAACUCAGCAGAGAAAGUCGCGUCCGGGAGCUAACUGCUGGCUACAGCUUUAACUGAGGGCUAACCAAAUAGACAAAAGAAAAAAAUUAGCAAAUAAUUUGUUCUUGUCUCCCCGCGUUUUUGCCCCAUCAAUUUCUUUCAUUUAUUCUUUUCGUUCACAGACUCACGCAUAUAUACGCAAAAUAUAAAAUAGCAAAGCAAGGCCCUAGGUGAAAACCGUUGGUCCAUGACUUAAAUUGCAAAGGGACUGGAGCCUCUUGCAAAUGUUAUUAGCUAAAACCUUACCCUGAGUUAUGAAUGUAAAAAUGAGCAGUAUAACUUUGUAAAUAUGCCAGUUGUGAGUGAAGCUGUGGGCGCUUGGUGCAAAUAUUUGUGACAGAUUUGUAUUAUAGGCUCCCUAAGUCCAAAUCCUAAAAACGAGAUGUCUACUUGAUGUCUUAGAUUAGCCUGUUUGCUAUCAGUGCGCUUGUCCUAUACAAUGCGCACUCUGUAUUUUGCAUGCUUUGUCCUUUAAGUGUAUUUGUCAAUUUAAUGUUCAACUGGAAAGGGUGUUAAAUAAAACGGGGUGGGAAAAUCAAAUGUUCUUGUAUGUCCUUCCCCUUGCACAUUUUCUUGUAUUCUUUUGACAGGGAAUUUUUUGGUGAGGACAGAGCAGAGAGGUAGAAAGAGAAAGUGCAGAGCACUUCGAAUAUGAGUGGGAGACCCAUAACGUUGAUUUAAAUAUUAUCCAGGUGACCACAGUAAGUCAAGGUCAUAAAAUUGUAAUGUCAUGACGGUCCUGGAAAGCGCUGGGGGUGGAUUUUAUGAUCUGCAAAUAUAAUGUGCUGCUGCAGUAAAGAUGCAUUAAAAGGUGAGUGGAGGAGGGCUAAUUCACAUACUGGAGACUGCAAUGUGCUGGCCUCACUGACGCUCUCUGCGGUCUGCCUGGCGGUUUUGGAACCAGGAACCCUUUAUUAUGGAGUAAUGGAAAGCUAUGGUACGAUAGACUGAACACGGAUGAAUGAUAGGAACUACAGCAACAGUAAAUGAAUGAGUGGAUCCUACGAACAGCGUUAUUCGAGCCAUGUAAAGAAAACACAAGCGGAUGAGGAAAUGAUGAAUGUACGGAAAGACGGGUCGCGUGGUUGAACCG